GUUAGAAGAGAUAAGAAACGUGGGUUAUCAACAAUGCGCUGUGAAUUCUAAUAAGGAAAUAUCAAAAGAGAGAGAGAGAAAGUGAAAUGGGCGCCGGCGCCGGAAAAAGAGAGAUGUUUGAAGAUUUUGCCAUAGUUACAGGGCUGGUUGCAGUCCAGUUUGUAUAUGCAGGAAAUUCAGUUUUGUUAAGUUAUCUCAUGGAAUUGGGUCUUAAUCCUUUAACCAUUGUCAUCUUCUCCACCUUUUCCACUUUCCUUGUUCUCUCUCUUCCUUCCAUUUAUUUCGAAAGAAGCAAAUGGCCCAAGAAUUUCACUCUCAGAUUGUUUUUUCAGCUUGUUUUAAUGGCGUUUGCAGGGGUAACAUUAUUCCAAACAUUAUUCUUGAAGGGAAUAAAACUUACAUCACCCGCAAUAGCAACCGCCAUGCCAAAUCUUGCUCCAGGGCUCAUCUUUAUCAUCGCAGUAGCUUUCAGGUUAGAGAAAGUUAAGCUAAGCUGUAUUUACAGUAAAGUGAAGAUUGUCGGUACAUUACUAUGUGUAAUAGGUGCAUUAACAAUGAGCAUUAUGCAAAGUUCAAUAAACAACACCACCGAAUUACCAAAACAAAAUCAUACAUCAUCAUCGCACGACGACGACGGUUUGAUUUAUUUCGAUCAAAACAAGGUCAUGGGCUGUAUGUACCUCGUGGCUGCUGUCGUGGUUCUCUCGAGUAACAUAGUCUUGCAGGCUAAAAUAUUGACAGAAUUUCCUGCCCCGGUUUCAAUAUGUACAAUAACAUCACUUAUUGGUGUGUUUAUAACAUUAGUGAUUGAAUUUAUCCGUAAUCAUAAGCUUGAAUUUUGGAUGCCUGAUGUCAUUAGUACCCAAGACCUAAUUGGCUAUUGUCUUUUGGGAGGGACGAUAAGUGGAGUUUGCUUUAGUUUCAAUGGAUGGGCAAUAAAGAAAAGAGGGCCGGUUCUCGUGUCUAUGUUCAGUCCCAUUUCGACGGUUGUAUCCGCCAUUGUCUCAUUUUUCACCUUAGGAGAAGUGCUCCCCAUUGGAAGUUUAUUUGGGAUGGUCUUAAUGUUUACGGGUCUAUAUUUCUUCCUUUGGGCAAAGGGUAAAGAAGGGUUUUCCUAUCCCGGAGCUGUCGCACUAGAAGGCGGUGAACCUUACGACAUGGAAAAGCCUCUCUUGUCUUAGCUUUAACUUCUUGUAUCAUUUGUAAAAAUGUUAAUGAAAUUAUAAGUUAAUCAUAUAUUGCCGUGUCUUAUGAUUUAA